GGACCCCUCUACCGAGCAGUUCAUUCAAUCCAAACACAAACACUGUCUUCCCGAAUCCGUUCAUUCAUCCCGCGACUCCCCCUUUUCCGAUCGGUAUUGGUAGAUCCAACCUAGACCAGAAACACACCCACACCAACGAGGGCCCCGGUUCUUCGCUACUCUGUCCGAUGAUGGUCCAGGUUCUUUACCCACCACAAUAUGUAUAAAAGGAAGGAAAAAAAGCGAAAAAUAUAGGGACGUCGUGGUCGUAGUCGUCACAGACGACGACGACGAAUACGAACCGAAAUCGACGGAUGUGAAGAGAACAGCGAAACAGCUACAACAGAACCUUCCUUGAGAUUGGGUCUUCAUCUUUUUUUCGGAUUGGUUAUUCCACGGUUCGCCAGACUGUGACAUCGGGAAAAAGUUGAGCGAAUUUUGAGUGAAAAUUUUGUGGGUGAUCCGGACGGGAUAAGGUCUGGUGAAGACGAGUUUAGGAACUGUGAAAAAGUUGACCCGAACAAAGAGGAGAAUCGGACCAGAGGAGCAGGACUAAAUUAGGACAAAUUUGGCCAGGGAUCGCGGUUUUCUGGCGAACGAAUUAGUGUCAAAUAUGGCACCGGAGGAAGUGCUUCGACAGGAAUGUGAUUUGGGAACUAGUGAACUGUGAUUUUGGGACUUGGGGAAUGUUUGUGGUGAUUGUUUAUUCGAGUGGAAAAUUUGUAAACUAGGGGCUGGCUGGUAUCGACGAAAAGAUGAAAAAACCUAGCGAAAAAUGGUCAAAUACGAAAAGCUCUACUCGACGAUGGAGUGCGACGUGUCGCCCCCGGACAGUAGCAGCGGCGGCGGUGGACAUCAUCGCUCCGGUACUAGCGCCAACAUCAUCGGUAGUAAUCAGCGGCGUCAGCCGAAACAACAUCAUCAUCAUACUAGCAACAGCAGCAGCAGUAGCGGUAGCAGUAAUCUAAACAUAAGCGCUAGUAGCAGUAGGAAUCUCUUAACCGUCAGCAGUAGCAGCAACAGCAGAAGCAGCAUGGCGGCUUCAUCUUCAUCAUCGUCAUCGUCGUCGUCGCAGCACCAGCAGCACCAGCACCAACACCAUCAUCAUCAUCAUCUGCACCAUCAUCAUCAUCAAGUAGUGCACAGCAGCCAUCAUCACAACCACCACAUCCACCAUGAGGAAAUCACGGUGGCCUUUCCGGAGGUGGUAUCCUGCUCGCCGGAGGAGGAGCCCAGCUUUAGCCUGUCGGACGAUAACGAUUGCAAUCCGCUGAAGGAAGUGGACCCACUGAACGUGUCCGGCAGUUCGAUGGAUAUGCUGGCAUCGCCGGUCAAGGCCCAGCAGAAGACCCCCAAACACAAUCACCACCUGCGGCGAAACGUUCCUAGGAUAGUGGUAAAGCAGCUUCCGAUGAAGCAGCAGCAGCAAUCGACGCCACCACCCCCUCGGGAAGACAAGCGACCGUCCGGGCCGGCUUCGACCAUGCGCGAAGUGCUGGCGUCGAUCCCGGGCUUCAGCGUGAAACCCCGGCGGAGGUCCAACAAGAAAAUGUCUACCGCUGCGCAGAUCGAACAAACCAAGGAGGGUUGCAUCGAUCUGGAAACACCGGACUCGAUUCUGGUCAAUACGAAUCUGCGAUCGCUGCUGAACAAGCAAACGUUCCAGAUGCUGCCGCCUCUGUUUCAGUACAAAUUGGUCCAGCUGUUGCCCUCGGUGGAUCGGCCCUCGGUGAUGGACGCAUCGGACUGCGAGCGGAACGGUAUCCGGCUGAAUCCGUCCAGUUUGAACAACGAGUUCUUUGCGCGGGCGUGUCUCGAGUGGCGCGAUCGGUUAUCGGAAGGUGAGUUCACACCGGAGAACCAGAUGAAGCUGAAAACGGAAGCGGAGAAGGAGAAAAGCAAGCUGGAUCCGUGGAAACUGAAGCACUUCGAACCGAUGUGGGGCGAUAAGAGUUCGGCGUCGAAUGUAGGGGCGGCCGGCACGCAACCAAAUCCUUCUCCGCCUCAGACGCCGACCAAGCAAGAACAUACGGCAAGAACACCGGAAAUUCCUAAAACCAGCACCCCAACUUCGUCGAGACCUGCCCUGAAAACCACCAUAAAGCUGAGGCCAACGACAACGAUAGCCACGAGUACGAUAGUAGCGUCGGAUGUCCUGGCCAUCGCCAGCAGCAGUGGUCCCAGUAUCAGCUUCAGUAGUACCUCCCCCGGAAGCAGUGGAAGCGCUGGCACGACUCCCACUACCCGCGUCAGUUCACUCUCGCCGACGACGGCAGCGGCGGCUACGUCAUCUCCAAAACGGGUUCGAACCAUUGGGGCCGUCACGAGGGCCACUGCCAGCCAAAAGCAGCUAGUUUCGCCGGAAACACCCAGUUCGCCAGUACGCAUUACCCGCCAGAUCGCUCGAGUGGAAUCGCCAAAGCCUUCCACGUCUUCAUCUCCCGCCACCGCAGCACCGACAGUCCCAGCCCCACUAUCAAGUCCCAUUGAUACCCCUAAAUCGGUAAUUCCGGCGUCCGUUUCGGUGGAUGUCGUAGAUUCCUGCAGCCUCUCUAGUAGUAGUUCCAGUAGUUUCGUCAGCGGAAGCCUCAAGCGAACGCACAAUCGAUCCCUCACGCCCGAGCUAAGCAAUAGUAAGAUAUCAAAAUCAGCCCCGGAGUCGGAACCGUCGGUGCAAGAAGCGGAAUCGUCAUCGAAACCAUGUGAUAUUGCCAAACCGGAAGCUGGGCCACCGCCGUCCCCACUAGACGACGUGCAAAUCAUCGAAGACGAUCCGCAACCUUCGAUUCCGGACGUGGUGUCGGAUGAUGUGGAGAUCGGAAACCAGGAAACGGUGGUGGAAGAAAUCCCCGAUGACGAUCCGGAAAUAACCGAGGUCAUAAUGGAACGACCGCCGACGCCGGAAGAACAACCAGCGGUUCAACCGGAGCGACCGAAGCAAAUCGUGUUCGAUCGGAACUCCGGCGAACUGUUCAGUAUUGUUUGUGUUCCUUCGCCGCGGUCUGGCCCGCGGACCGUUUCGAGCCCUGUGAUGAGCGGUAGCGGCAAUAGCAAUUCGUUGGCCGCUUUGGAUCAGGAACAACGGCAGCAGCAGCAGGAGCAGUUCGCGCAGGAUAGCAAUAGUAGCAGCACUUCGACGACGGCGCUGAUGUCUUCUAGUGAUCAGGUUCCGCCGAAUGCGUUGAGCAGUUUUGAAAAUGUCCUGCAGAAUAACGAGGAGUUGGUGAUCAUGCAAAGGGAACAGCAGGAAGAGGAGGAGGAGGAUGAGGAGAACGAGGAGCCGAAUCCAGCGAAUGGGGUGAUGAACAGUGAUAGCAAUGGGAGUUCGGAGGCCAGUAGUAGCCAGCGGACGGUCAGUGCGGAGGUUAGCAUGAAGCUGACGGCGUAUCAUCACGACCACGAACUGCUACAUCAGAGUGCGAGCAGUAGCGGGAUGAUGAUGAUGGGCGGUGGGGCCGGAGGUUGUCCCGGUGACAUGGAUGCCGACGGAGACGAAGAAGAAGACGAGAACUGUGAUAACAAUAAUGAGUCCGAGGAAGAUCCGGAUGAUGUGGAGGAAGAUGACGAUGACGGCGAUCCAAGGAGACUGUUGAUGCGGGGGGUGCAGGGUGAUAUGCAGGGACUGCAUCUGGUCGAUUCGGGUCAUAAGGGACAGCCCCAGCUUACGGUGGGCUCGAUGGAUUCCGGUGAUGAAGAGGAUGACGACGACGACGAGGAGGAGGAUCAGAUGGACGAGAAGUUCAUCGAUGCGGAAAACUACGUGCUGGAGAGCGGCGAGAUCAGUGCGGAAAUCGACACCCUGGGCAUGCUCACGGAUGCCACCGAAGAGGAAGCAGGCGUUGACCUCGGCAUUGCCGGCGUAGCGGAAGCCGGCCCUAGCACCCACGAGGACAAUCUCAUCAUACUGCACGAAAUGGACAUCAAAGGAGAUGACCCGGACGAUGGGGAAGAAGGGGAAGACGACGAGGAUGAUAACGAUCGCGAGGAGGAUGAGGAGGAGGACGAGCCGGAAGAGGAACAAACGGACGGGCAGCAACAGGUCGUUGUGGGCGCUACGGUGGACAUUCCUCCGAGUUCGAGCGUGGAACAUGAGACUAUUUGUGCCACCAGCAGCGAUCUGGACGGGUUCGAUGGGAUCAACGCCAUCAAGAUGGAAACCGACAACAUCUUCGAGAGUGGCGAUUGGCCCUUCAAGGUAAAGCUGGAACCGAAGAUGAUGAUCGUAGACCAGCUGGACUCGAGCAGUAUUAUUCUGACCCCGUCGACGGCGAGCACGAUUCCGGUGGCCAGUCCCGUAACCGUCGUCAGUGGCCAUCAUCACCAGCAGCAACUAGUAGCAGUUAGUAGUAGCAGUAGUACUAGCGGUAAUAGCAGUAGUGCACAGCAACAGCAUCAGUUGCAAUUGCAGCAACAGCAGCAACAACAAAUCCAUUCCAUUCAAGCUGCCCAGCAGCAACAGUUCUUAAACCAACAGGUGCUCAUUCAGCAAGCUCAACAGCAACAGCAAUUGAACGUGCUUCAGCUGCAGCAGGCUCAACAGCAAUUCCAGCAGCAGCAUCAUCACCAGCAGCAGUCGCAACAGGUGCUAGUUCCCCAGGUGACAGUGACAGCCGUGCCCAGCAGUUUCCUAUCAUCAGAGGUUAAAGACGUCCGAGCGGUAUUAAAAGCCGAGGCACCUACGAUCUCCGGCGUAACUUUCCAGGGACGCCCGGCUACCGGCCAGCUCAUCACCCGGAUCAAAAUCGAAUCCGACGAUGGCCAGAAGGUGCAUGUGGUGUCCUCCUCAGGCAGUGACAAUCUGACACGAGUAAUCGAAAGUGUUGCCGGGAACUAUAGCUUUCCGAUGACGAGUCAGGCUCAACUGUUGUCACAGCAGCAGCAUCAUCAACAACAACAGCAACAGCAUCAGCAGCAAUUGCUCCAACAGGUUCAGAACCAAAUCAUUAAGCUGGAAGCGGACGGAAGUCAGCAGCAGCAACAGCCGAAAUACAUCAUCACUUCGAAGCAAGUGGUCAACAAGAUACCCAUCUCGGUGACUCCUUCGGGGCAGAUUCUACAGCAGACCCAGCAAGCGAACAUCGCAACCAGCAUUCACAAACCGAUCCAACUGCAGAAGAUCAUCAUGUCCACGUCCAACCUUCAAUCACAGCAGCAACGGGCCCGGCUUCCACUUCAGCGAGCGCAGAUCAUCCAGCAGCCCCAGACACAAUCCCAGCAGCGGUUUCAGCAAAAGUUCGUCACCAACCAGCUGAUCCGAGGACAGAAUGCUGCCAUCAUCAACAGCGUCCAGCUGCAGCAACAGCAAGCCCAAGCUCAGGCCCAGGCCCAAGCACAAGCUCACGCGCAAGCCCUGGCCAACCAGCAGGCCCAACAGGCAGCGGCCACGGUCGGAGCCAAUGUGGUCAUCGGACCUACCCCUCGGAAAAGACUUGAAGUUGGCACCACCGCCGUCGUCCCUGGCGCGCCUGGGAGACGCGGAGGCCGCACCGGAAGCAGUCGGCUCCCACCAGGUGCGGUCAAUCUCGAGCGGAGCUACCAAAUCUGCCAGGCCGUCAUCCAGAACAGUCCCAAUCGGCAUCAGUUGCGGGCUCAACUGAAACCACCGCAGGCGUUCCUCGGCGGCUCCAACUCGAACUCCAAUUCGAGCAGCAAUAGUAGCAAUAGCAACAGCAGCACUAGCAGCAGCACCGGCAGUCUCAAGGACGAACCGACCAGUUUUGGCGGGACGGUCCUCGGCAAUAAGUUCCAACAGGUUGGUCCCCGAUUGGUACAUCCCAAGCGGAUAGCCACGGCCACGGUAGGCCGGCAGCCAUCCUCCAUAGUGGUGCGUCAUGUCUACACCACGGCAGGACAAUCGAACCCCGGCACGAUUAGUAUUAUUUCCACCUCCCAGCAACAGCAGAACCAACAGCCAUCACAACAACCCCAGCCUCGAAUUAUCACCGCUGCGGAAGCGGCCGAACUGCAACAUGCCCAGAUCAUCAGCGUUCCCGGUCCAGGAGGCGGUCCUGCGGGAAGCAAUGUCCCUGGCGCAGCCGGUGGCAGCUUCGGAGGGAAAUACGUACUUGUGCAGCGAGCUCACAUCGGUGAUAUUGUAACGCCGCGGGCGGCCAGUGCACCACCGACACAAAAUCAGCAGGUUAAUUCAGUAACUGGUGUUCCAAUAACGCUAGCGGGUCGUGGACGGCCAGCUUCGGUAGAUAUUGAUACACCUGUCUUCCCUCCUGAUUCUCAACAGCAACAACAACAGCUGCAGCAACAAGUGCAAAUCAUACAACCUCCUACGCCGCAACAGCAGCAACAACAUCAACAGCAACAGCAGCAGCAAAUAGUUGGACCCAAUCCUGGCAUCCAAGCGGUGACCCGGAGAGGUCCGACCACGCAUGUAAUCUCAUACGGCGACAUCGGCAUGGACAACGGUCAGCAGCACAUCAGCCAAACGGCAGCUUCCGUCAUGUUGGAUGGCAACAGCAACAACAACAACAGCAGUUCCGUCGUCAUAGCAUCCAGCAAUAGUGGUUCAAUGUCGGCGGCCACCGGCGGAGGUGGUCACAUUAGUUCCACUUCCGCCACGUCGCCCCUUCUCGCGGCUAGUAGCAACCACAGUAAUAAUAAUAACAAUAACAACAACAACAAUAACAGUACUAUCGGUAUUAUUCACAAUAGCACUAAUAGCAACAGUAGUAGCAGUAGCAGCAACAGCUGCAGCAGUAGUAGUAAUAGCAAUGGAAAUAGUAACAACCAUCAUCAACAUCAGCAUCAGCAGCAGCAGCAGCAACAUGGGACGGCGGGCUCAACAGCUUCGUCCUGUUCCUGCUCGCUGAAUGCGAUGGUCAUUUGUCAGCAGUGUGGCGCCUUCUGCCACGACGACUGCAUCGGUGCUUCGAAACUGUGUGUGUCCUGUGUCAUACGAUAAGGGAAAUUAGGGGGAAUCCUUUUAAGUUAGAGCAUCCCCAUCGGUCGUUUGGGGUUCUAAAUCGAAUAGCUAAUUUUUGCUAGAUUUAGCAGAGCUACAGCAAAACCAGUUUUGCUGAACUUCAGUAAAGCAUUGUCUAAUUCCAGGAAAAAAUGACUGAUAAUCCGCAAAAUUUGCAUUUCUUCUGUAAAAUCCGGGAUUUUAGCAGAAAUCAGAUUUUUCCUGGAAUCCAACAAUAUUGUGCUCAUUCUGCGAAUGGAGUGACGUGAGAAAAGUCGGAGUCGUAUAUCGAGAUGAGGAAUCCACUCUCGAAUGAAGUGACUCGCCGUGUAAAUCAAAUGGAGAGUCACCUCAUUCGAGUCGAGAUUUCUCACCUCGAUAUACGACUCCGACUUUUCUCACGUCACUCCAUUCGCAGAAUGAGCACAAUAUCUUAACUGAAGUUUGAGAUUGUCAAAAUCCUGCAAGGUGUCACAACAAUCGCCGGUAGGAAUGCUCUAACUGCAAAAAGGUACCACAAAGAAUGUUUUAAAAUACUAAAUUAGAAAGCCUGCCACCGAAUACCAACUCACUACUACUUAAUCAUACGAAUACAAACACACAGACACGAAAACGAAACACACACACUCACACAUGCAUGAGUACACUGUUUUUCUUUUCCGGAAUGCAACAAAAGAAAUCUAAGCCUGUGCAAAGACUCAUACUUAGGCGUUAAGUAAGUGAUUGACGAUUUUGUUUCCGACCUUCAAUCGAAUUUGUUUUUAAUUUGUGAGGAUGAUUUAUUGUGUAGGUAUGCCUCUUAAGGAAUAAGGAUUCGCGCGGGUGCUCGAGUGUUGGUGUAUGUGUGCGAUGAUACUGAUUGACGAUGGAUGCUGAUUGCGCGAUGUGGGUAACAACCGAGUGUAUCCAGUGCGGGCGCCGCUCAAAACGCGAGCGUUCGAGAGCUUUGUUUGUUUCGUAUUUUUCGAAUUUUUUCACCCUCUGGUGUGAGUUAAAAUAAUGGAGAGAAAACUAAAACGCUGAAAUAAGAUUGCGCUAAGUCUAUUUAAGAAAUCAAGAUAAAUCAUAAACUGGUAAAUAAACUGAGCUAGGAAAAAGAACCCUCUUGUAAUAAUUAACUGCUAAGUCUAAUCUAAAUAAGCUAUUAAGCGGAAGAAAAGCAGCAAAUUCACCCGGGCAUACACACUCGCACAUUCUCACGAAGUGUGAGGUUAUGGGUCAGAAUGAAUAAAAGUAUAAUCGAGAGAGAAAAGAAA